AACAGGGCGUCCACAACCGUUUCGGGUUCCAAGUCUAACGUGGCAUUUAACCCGCGUCUUGCCGUUCCAACUAACGCUCUUUUUCUCUCUCUCAAGUUAGAAUGCCAGUGGUCUGUUCAUGCUGUGGUUUCAGUACAACUUGCCAAAUACCAUAUCAGCGUGUCGGAAAGAACCACCGAAUGCGAGAGAGAGAGAGAGAUACUGGUGCUGUUUCUGAUCUCUCUUGUCCGAUCGCAAGCAGAUUGGUCUGUAAAGGGCGGUAGACUGUUGAGGCGGUGUUGGUAAUAGGAAGAGGAGUAAAGAAAAUUAACUCAAAACAAGAGGAGAGGGAGAGAAGGGAAUGGUGGGGCGGUGGCGGUCGAGCGCGGCGGCGGUGGCGGCGGCGGGGUGGGUGGUGGCGGUGGCGCUGGUGUGGGCCACGGCGCUGAUGCUACCGAGCUCGGCCGGCGAUCCCUUCGCUUACUUCGAUUGGGAUGUCUCCUACAUCACCGCUUCCCCUCUCGGCGUCCCCCAGAAGGUGAUCGCGAUCGCGAAGCAGUUUCCCGGCCCCAUUAUGAACGUUACCACCAACUGGAAUGUGGUCGUUAACGUACUCAACAGCUUGGAUGAGCCUGUCCUCCUGACCUGGGACGGAAUCCAGCACCGGAAGAACUGCUGGCAGGAUGGGGUGAUGGGCACCAACUGCCCUAUCCCCCCGGGCUGGAACUGGACCUUCCAGUUCCAGGUGAAGGACCAGAUCGGCAGCUUCUUCUACUUCCCGUCCCUCGGCCUCCAGCGAGCUACUGGUGGCUAUGGUGGGAUCACUGUCAACAACCGUGAAGUCAUCGCCGUGCCAUUUGGGAAGCCAGAUGGGGACAUCACCCUCUUUAUCGGGGAUUGGUACAUCAAGAACCACACGGACCUGAGGAAGGCGCUCGAUGAUGGGAAGGACCUCGGAAUGCCUGAUGGAGUUCUGAUGAAUGGGAAGGGGCCGUAUCGUUAUAAUACUACGCUUGUUCCUGAUGGGAUUGAUUAUGAAACCAUCAACAUAGAACCGGGCAAAACAUAUCGCUUCCGUGUUCACAAUGUUGGCAUCUCAACUAGCUUGAACUUCAGAAUUCAAAAUCACAACCUUCUUCUUGUGGAGACAGAAGGAUCAUACACUGUACAACAGAAUUAUACCAACCUCGAUAUCCAUGUUGGUCAGUCAUACUCCUUCUUGGUUACCAUGGAUCAGAAUGCAAGCAGUGACUACUACAUUGUAGCAAGUGCUAGGUUCGUAAACGAGUCACUAUGGAGUAGAGUUACUGGUGUUGCCAUUUUGCACUACUCAAAUUCCAAAGGCAUGGCAUCUGGUCCUCUUCCUGAUUCCCCUAACGAUUUCUAUGAUAAGACCUUUUCGAUGAACCAAGCCAGAUCUAUCAGGAUGAAUGUAAGUGCUGGUGCUGCACGUCCUAAUCCUCAAGGAUCAUUUAGAUAUGGUUCGAUUGAUGUGACCCAGGUGUAUGUUUUGAGAAAUAUGCCUCCUGUGAUCAUCAAUGGAAAACGCAGGGCUACACUAAAUGGUAUAUCAUAUUCUCCUCCUGUUACUCCUCUAAGGCUUGCUGAUGAGUACAACAAGCAGGGAGUUUAUACACUUGAUUUCCCCACUAGACCACUCAAUAGACCACCUCAACUUGGAACGUCUGUGAUCAAUGGCACGUACAAGGGUUUUAUGGAAAUUAUAUUCCAAAACAAUGAUACUAUGGUUCAGACAUACCACAUGGAUGGAUAUGCAUUCUUUGUAGUGGGGAUGGAUUAUGGUGAGUGGACAGAGAACAGUAGGGGUACAUACAACAAGUGGGAUGGUGUUUCUCGCUGCACAACACAGGUUUUCCCAGGGGCAUGGACUGCUGUCCUAGUCUCACUGGAUAGUGUAGGUUUUUGGAAUGUACGAGUGGAGAAUCUUGAUACAUGGUACCUUGGCCAGGAGGUGUAUGUAAGAGUCGUCAAUCCUGAAGAUAAUUCAAACAGGACAGAGUUGCCAAUGCCAGAUAGUGUCCUCUAUUGCGGUCUCCUAAAAGAUAAGCAGAAGCAGCAGAUUCCUCAUGGCUCUCAAACUUCAUCUUCUUUCAUCACAUAUGUAAGGGGCAUGCUGCUUUCAUCAAUGAUGGUUUUGGCUUCAGUUGCCAUUUUCCCAUAAUUAGUCCAGGUUAGACCGUAAGUGUGUUUGAUAGGGGGCUUUUUUAACCCCUUUGAGCAACGUGACUUGUUUUAAGUAACUUAGGAGAGUCGAGGUUCUUAGGUCUGAAAUCAUGUCAAUUUGAAGUUAAAUUAUUGUGCUUCUUAUGAUCUCCAUGCUUCUUUUGUGAUCAUUCAUUUAGCCAUCGAACAUUACUGAUCAUUUGUCAAUGCAACUUUCAGUUCUUGUUCAAGUUCUUGCCGGUGACGCAUGGUUUAUCCGCAUGGUUGUUUAAUGCUUGAUCAAAUUGUUUCAGUUAUUGUAAAAACUUGCUCUUGAACAAGAUAGUAUACUUGGUCAUCUAGCAAGUUUUUUAUGCUCUCCUCUUUCUGAUACCAAUGAAGAAUCACUUUAUGAAUUCACAGCUUAGUUGGACGAAUUAAGCCUUUUGUUUUUUUAUGAUACUAUAUGCAUACAUCAGCAUCUCCAACAGCAUGACAUUUAGCGCACUGCCUACCCUUGUGAUGCAAAAACUGAUGGCUGAUUCUGUUACAGAAAUGAUUUGCGCGAGUCCGUGACGGUGCAUUGCUGCCAUCGGGCACCAAUUCUUUUAGAUUCAGCGGUUGUUUCAUGUAUCAUUCAUUUUGGAUGUUGACACUGACUUGCAGGCACAAGUAAAAAGCUUAUUCUAUAUAUUCGUUUUGAGUGCAUGGACUCUCGUGGAUUCCAGUUGUCCUCAGGUUGACGGGUGUAAGUAUUUGGAACACUCCAAAUCAAUCUUUGGACGCCAUUUUCCAUAUGAUCGCAAUAGCUUAAACAAAAGAACUUAUCUCAAAUGGAACAUGGAUGGUCUUCUUAUUGGACUUCCGGGUCUCGAGCUAUUUGGUGGUAAAGUAGUAUAGCCUUUGAUUGUUGCACGGAUGCUCCAAUCUGUUGAAACAAGUCUUGUGAUCCUCAGGUUGUCUUGCUCAGUCAUGCCACUUUUCCGAGUUGCAGUAGUUUUUCGUGUGGCUUCAGCAAGCCUUGCACGUACUGUUAUGGAGAUAAUUUGGUCUCUGUUCAUGCUUCCAGAAUCCAAAGGUGAUCGACUUCGGUGGAAUUCUACCGCACUCAAUGAUGCACUGCUGAUGGGAUGCUCCAGACGGACCGUAACCGAAGCGGCAUCCGAUGAGGGACGGGAAACCAAAGUUUUCGUCAGACGCACCCGGUGGAUGCCGACUGCAACCCUUUGGCCUUGGCAGCUUUAGCAUCGGACGGCGGAGAUGUAGCUAUGGAAGGAUCCGAUUCGGAGUAACCGCUGGAGUGGAAUUAGUGAAAGGUCAGGGUGGACGAAAACGCAUCCAAAGCCAACCUUCCACCCAAUAUUUAUUUAUUUACUGAUUUUUCUUUCGUCAGCUUCAGUUUAUGACUUGCAUUACAAGGCAAUCAUUCCUGUCUAUCAGCACGAUCGAACCGCUCCUGUAGCUUUCUCUUGGGGCCCGAUCGAGUAGACGGCUGUGAUGUAUGCAACUAAAAACCCAGUAGGAGCCGACCCGCUCGUGGAGACAUUAUAACGCCCAGCUCAUAUGUCUUGUCUUUUUAGGCUCCCCUCAUGGAUCGGAUACACCUGUGUUGGCCGAGCCAGCAAAGAGGAAAGGAAACGCCUUCUUCGCCAGUUAUCGCGGCCCUCACCGCUGCGUGGGAUGUGGAACCUUCCUUGUCUUUACUGUUUGCAGAAACCCCACCCCUGCUUUCCUCCUACCUCCAUCCUUCGGUCUCCUCCGACUGCGACGAGUAGCUAGGGCUCGCCGAUUCGAUUCCUACUCGGUGUCGAAAGGU